AUGGCAAACUCCGGGCUCCAGUUAUGUGCGUUCAUCCUGUGUGUUUUGGGCUUGCUGGGCAUCAUAAUAGCCACAGUGACUAAUGACUGGGUGAUCCAUUGUAAAUAUGGCCUGAACACCUGUAAGAAGAUGGACGAGCUGGGAGCCAAGGGGCCGUGGGCGGACUGUGUGUUAUCCACUGGGGUCUACCACUGCUUCUCUCUGUCGCAGAUGCUUGAAUUGCCAGCCCACAUCCAGACCACCCGCGCCCUCAUGAUCACGGGCUCCAUCCUGGGACUGCCGGCCCUCGGUGUCAUCCUCAUGUCUCUGCACUGCAUCAACGUGGGCAACGAGCCUCAGAGCGCCAAGAACAAACGCACCGUGAUCGGAGGCGUCAUCACACUUAUCAUGGGUACAUACUGCUGCUGCUACUACUGA